UAUUUUUGCAGAGAGUGUGUUCCUCGUAUUAAUGUCAUGCAUUGAUUGUAUACCCACCCAACUACCACCUUACUCCCUCGUAAUUCCUCCUCAAAUUAUCAACCAUGAUCUGUCUAUAUAUGAAUCGUCCCGUCCCGUCCCGUCGCCACCCACAAAUCCAUCUCCAGUCCUUUUCCAGUCGGAUCUAGGCGACGAUUAGCAGCAUGACGGCCGGCCGCCAGCGGAGGGUGACCCUGUGUGCCAAGACGACGGUGGUGUCGGCGAUCCCGGUGCGGCCGGGGAAGACGCACGCUCUCUCGGCCCUCGACCACGCCAUGACCCGCCACUUCCUCCACCUCGUCUUCUACUUCCGCGCCGCCCCCGCCCUCACUAAGUCCCGCCUCAUGUACUCCCUCUCCGAGGUCCUCUCCUACUACCCCGCUGUCACUGGACGCCUUCACCGCCAGCCCGUGGAGGAUGCCGGUGCCGGCGGCGAGUGGAGUUGGGUGGUUAAGUGCACCGACGCGGGCCUGCGCUUCGUGGAGGCCCGUGCACACACCACGCUGGACGAGUGGCUCGCGACGGCCACUGACGAGGAGGAGAUGGAGCUGGCCCAUUCUGAGCCCAUGGGCCACGAUCCUUCCAUUUGGUCGUCCUACUGCGUCCAGUUGACGGAGUUCGACGACGGUGCGGUGGCAAUCGGGCUCAGCUCCGCCCACAUCAAUGCCGACCUCACCUCCGCCAUCCUCCUCGUCCGCGCUUGGUCCGACGCCCAUCGCCGCGCCUGCAUCGUCUUCCCGCCCUUCCUUCACGCCCCAGCCCUCGAGCCCCGCCCCAACCCUAACCCUAGAUCCGCCCUCUUCUCCUCCAAAUCUGCCGCCGCUGCUGCUGCCUCGACGGAGCCGGCGGCCACCGCGAAGAUGUCUUCUGCCACGUUUGUUUUCUCGGACGCCUCCGUCAAGUCCCUCCUCAGCGACGCUGGGGACGCCUCCCCUUUCGAUGCCCUCGCCGCCCUGUUCUGGACCCGCAUCGCGGCGCCGGAGCUCGGCGCCGCGGAUCUCACGCUUGGGAUCGACAUGCGCAAGCGGAUGCACGCGCCGCUGCCGUACGCGUUCUACGGCAACGCGUUCCACUUCUACGGCGUCCACGGCGUCGACCUAGGCGCCGGCCUGUCGCGCGUGGCGGCGGAUCUACGGCGCGAGGGGGAGGGCGUCCGGGAGGAGGACUUCUGGGAGGCUGUGGAGUGGCUGCACGAGCGGCGGCCAGGCCGGCGGGAGGCGGAGCCGGUGUUCCAGGUGUACGGGCCGGAGCUGACGUGCGUGGAGGUCGACCGCGACGCGUUCGCAUACGGGACGCCCUUCGAGGACAACGACGGCAGCCGGCCGGCGCACGUGACGUGCAGGGUGGACGGGGUGGAGGGGGCGGGUCUGGUGCUGGUGAUGCCCGCAGCGGCCGAGGGGGCGGCGCGGCAGGUGGUUGUGACCCUCCCCGAUGAAGUGGUGGCUAAACUUUGCCGGGACGCCUCCAUCGCGAAGUACGAACCCACCGUGUUGUUUGCCCCUGCCGGAGUGAAGAAGGGUUAGACGCCGCCGAUCUGAUAUUCAUCGGAGGCUUUCUAUAUAUCUAGUGUCCGUCUUGGUCUCGCACAAACCUUUGUGCUUCUCAUCUAUAUUUAUUUGCCUUUACUGAAUUAUUAAUGCAACUAUUAUGCCUCCAAUUAUCAAAUUAAUUAUAAUUUAUUUACUUA